AUGCUUGCCUUUGCGGAGAAAGUCUUUGCAUCUGAGACCAAAGGUGAGGGCGUCCGCGAUGAGAUCUCCAUGUUUGAAGUGCAAGAUGACUGUCCCAUCCUUCAACAGGAAAUGGCCCACCAUCUGCACACCGAUGAAGAUACUGACAAACGGUGGGUAGUAGUUCCUAGAUCUUUUUUUUCUUAAUGUGAACUGUCCACCAAUGGUAGCAUCCUUUGCCUUACCACUAAAUCCACUGUUUGUCUGUCCCUCCUCCCCCUCUUCCUCUGCAGUAAGAAGAGACAGCAGAAGUGUCGCAUCAUGACUUUACCUUCGUCCAUGAGCAACCAGGCCAGGAAGGUGCUGGCCCCUGUGGCGGAGGUGUUGUUGGACACCCCAACCUACCUAGAAGUGCCUGACUUCCAGAGAGUGGCCAUCAUUGGAGACUACGCCUCUGGGGUAUUAUAUCUUAGCUAUGUAGCCUACGUUUCUCUCUUAUCCAGGUUAGUCUUAUGGAGAUCAAAUUAAGAGAGACCUGGUCCAAGAUGUCAGCGGGGUCCAACAGGAUGGACUUCGCUCAUAAACUCAUAAAUAACACAUUAUGUAUGUCUCCACUUCCCUCUCUCCUCCUCAAAUAGCAGCAGAAUUAAUUGAAGUCUCAUUGACCAUGUUUACAUGUUGUGGAGCAGUGUCCUUAUUGACAGGGGUUAAACUAAGCUGGAUGUUGGAGGAGUAGCAUGGCUGCCCAUGCCCCUGGGUGUGAACUUGACCGUUAUGGCUAGUAUGUGUCUCUGGGUCUGGGCAUUGACCUCCUGUAGGGAAGCCUCUUCACAGGAAUAGAUCCCUCUGGACUGGAAACUAGGAGCCCAGCAAAGGUUGUCUGGGUUUAAGUUUCAAGAAUGUGGCUCUGACAUUUACAGAGAGAAAUCAUAAGGAGGAGGUGGAGCUUGCUUAUCAAACUGCUUGUAGCUCACUUUCCCAACUUAAGCACAACUACAUAACCCACUUAUCAAUAUUACAUAAUAAUUUGGUCCGUUGUGAACGACUGACGACUUGCUGACAAUUAUCAAUUUGUGUUAGAUCAGUGAUUACUUCAAGGAAUGGAGGGAUGGAAGGAUGCAUUGGAACAGGGCCCUUAUUACAUAAUUCCCCUCUCUACUCUUAGGUGACCAUGGAUGACUUUGAGCUGUCCUGUAAGGGUGUGUACCGUGCUCUGACCAUCAGAGAGAAGUACAUGAGGCUGGCCUACCAGCGCUUCCCCCUCACCACAUCCCAGUAUCUGAGGGAAAUUGAGGGAGAGCCCUUUAAGCCUGAACACACAGUGCAACCAGGUAUGCAGACUAGGCUGACAAGUGUGAACAUAAUAGAGAGGGAAUGUCUGGGAUAUGCAUGCAGUAGUUUUCGUGACAGACUAUUACUACCAAGAAAGUGUCUAACAGCUUCCUGUAUAGCACUUUGUGACAUCUGCUGAUGUAAAAAGGGCUUUAUAAAUACAUUUGAUUGAUUGAUUGAUUUUGUUUGCCAGUCUUCACAUCGCCACCCAAGAAGGGUGAGGACCCCUUCAACACAAAGUGCUUGCCUGAGAACCUGAGCUGGGUAGCCCGUAUGAAGGACGGUGUCAUUUAUACAUACAAAGACGCGGCAGCGGCCGACCAACACAAACCCAUUGAGAACAUGCCUGCCCCUGACUACAUCACCUUCAUCGACGACAUGAACUUCCUCAUCGCUCUGAUUGCACAGGGCCCAACGUGAGUCUUACUGCACGACUAGCUACAGAAUUGUUAACGGAAUAUGUGAUGCUCCAUACCCAUUACAGCUUGGCUAAUGGAAAGCCUCGAAAGGAAUUUUUCAACUAACCUGCUCUUGGCGAUACUUUCUUCGUUCUUGAUUCAGUAAAAAGUGUAUGUUAUAAAUGUCCGUGUCCAGUUGCAGGUGGUUCUCCAAAAAACAGAGACUAUUCAGAAAUAUAUUAAAUCCACGUUUUGGAUCGAGUGUGAAAUGCCUCUUGGAUGUGUGUAGAUCUUUGUUUUGGUCACACUGUUUGACGCACUCAUCUACUUCUACACGUGGCUGCAGCCGCAUCACAUUGAAAUGACUAGUUCCUGCAAAGAUGUUGGGAAAUGCAAGAUCUCUGGCAGCUAAAAUGGCGAGGGAAAUCCCCGCUCGGUGGAAACCGUGGAUUUAAUAUCUUUCUGAAUAUUCUCUGGUUUUAGAGAACCAAUUAGACACUGACAUGUAUAAGAUACAGUUUUUACCGAAUCAAGAACAAAGAAAGUAUUGCCAAGAACAGGUUAGUUGAAAAAUUCCUUGCAAGGCUUUCCAUUAGCCAAGCUGUAAUGUGUAUGGAGCAUCACAUAUCCCGUUAACAAUUCUGUAGCUACUGCACGACGGGAGAUCAACUCCAACACAGCAGAGUCACAGCACUAUGUAUUUACAGGAUGUACUGGCUUUUGAUCCAACCCUGCUCUAACACACCUGAUUCAACUAAUUCUGAUCUAAAUUUAACACCAUGAUUAUUUGAAUCAAGUGAGUGAGGCUGCGUUUACACAGGCAGACCAAUUUUGAUUUUUAUUUUCCACUAAUUGGUCUUUUGACUAAUCAGAUCAGCUCUUUUGCCAAUAAUUGGGCAAAAGAUCAGAAUUGGGCUGCCGGUGUAAACACAGCCUUAGUGCUGGUCUGGAACAAAUAAUCAAACAUAUGGACUACAUAUCACACCACGAAAUGUCUAACAACUUUACAAGUUCCACAUUACAUGUUUGCUUGUCCUUUUUGUCUCUCCUGGGUGGCAGUAAGACGUACACUCACCGUCGUCUGAAGUUCCUCAUGUCCAAGUUCAAUGUGCAUGAGAUGCUGAACGAGAUGGAGGAGCUGAAGGAGCUGAAGCUGAACCCCCACAGGGACUUCUACAACUGCAGGAAG